AUGAAGCUUGAAUUGGAUGCCAUGGAAAACAACCACACUUGGUCUGUUGUGCCUCUACCUUCAGGGAAGCAUUCCGUCGGCUGCAGAUGGAUCUUUAAGAACAAAUACAAAUCAGAUGGUUCACUCGAAAGGCACAAGGCACGUCUUGUUGCAAAAGGUUACACUCAACAAGAAGGCUUAAUUCAACUGGCACCUAGUCCGGCAGACUACUCCUUAUUCACUAAAGGCUCUGAGGAUAACUUUGUCGCCUUGUUGGUUUAUGUGGAUGACAUUGUCAUCAUUGGACCAAAUGUUCAGGUUAUCAACUCCUUAAAGACAUUCUUGCACUCUCAAUUCAAGCUCAAAGAUCUGGGUUGCUUGAAAUACUUCUUGGGGAUAGAAAUUGCUCGGUUCUCAUCAGGAAUUGUUAUAUCACAAAGACAAUAUAGAUUGCAGUUACUUGAAGAUGCCGGUUACCUAGACUGCAAACCAAUUAACAGUCCUAUGGAACCAAGGUCAGCUCUCAACAUACAUGAGGGAGAUUUAAUUCCAGAUGCCUCUCAUUACCGACGACUAAUUGGGAAAUUGAUAUACUUGACCCUAUCACGACCUGACAUCACUUUUGUGGUACAUAAAUUGAGUCAAUACAUGUCUCAACCAAGGAUGCCACACCUAAAGGUAGUUCACAACCUACUGCGAUACUUGAAGGGCAAUCCUGGACAGGGUUUUUUCUUUUCAUCACAGUUGCAUUCUAAUCCAAUUGUUCCAGUUCGGGCCUUUUCAGAUGCUGAUUGGGGAUCGUGCAUUGAUACAAGAAAGUCUACCACCGAUUUUUGCAUAUUUGUUGGCAACUCUAUGGUCUCUUGGAAAUCAAAGAAACAGCCAACCAUCUCUCGAUCAUCUGCUGAAGCGGAAUAUAAGGCACUUGCCUCCACUGCCAGUGAGAUCCUUUGGAUCAACCAAUUAUUAAAAGACUUUCAACUUAAUGUUUCAUCUCUCGCCAUACUAUAUUGUGACAACCAUGCUGUCAUUCAGAUUGCCACUAACUCGAUUUUUCACGAGAGAACGAAGCACAUUGAAAUCGAUUGUCACUUCAUUCGUGACAAGAUCAAUGCUAGGAUCAUUAAACUUCUACCGGUCCGUUCAAAACACCAGCUUACAGACGUCUUCACGAAGCCACUGCCUCCAUCUAGCCUUACUCCUUUGCUGUCCAAGAUGUGUGUAAAAGAUAUUUAUAGCACCUCUUGA